AUGCUUCAGGCCCGCCUACGACCCGCCCCACGCCCUCCCACCGGCGACACCUCCACGCCAACCCGACCGGACGAAGACGAGCCCGAAGAUGUCUUCGGCGCCUUCCUCCCGCACCUCUUCCCCGACGAUGCCCCCUCCUUCCACGGCGAUCCAGGCCAGCACCUCCUCUACGCGUCGCCGGCCUAUGGCGAUCUCGAAAUCAUGGUGCCCACGUACCCGGGCGAGAGCGCGAACCGGUCGGAGGAGAUCGCCGCGGGAUUGGACCAGAGGAUGGAUGGCGUGAAUAAGUAUCCCGUCGAGGAGGGACGCAAGCUGUUUGCGCAUUUCUUGUGGGAUUCGGGCAUGGUGGUUGCGGAGGGGGUAGAGGAUGCUGCGGCCGGGAAGGCGGAGGCGAAGAUGUGGAAUGUUGAUGGGGAGAGAGUGUUGGAGCUUGGUGCUGGCGCCGCUCUCCCUUCACUCAUCAGUGCUCUCUCCAAUGCCGCCACCGUCACCGCAACAGAUCACCCCUCCUCGCCAGCCCUCUCCGGCGCAAUUGCCUUUAACAUGACCCACAAUCUCCGCCAUAUAAGCGCAAGCUUAAACACCACCGCAAUAGUCCCCCAUGAAUGGGGCGUCCUCUCAGACCCCUUCUCCCUCGCCAACAAAGCCCACUUCACCCGCAUCAUUGCCGCAGACUGCUACUGGAUGCGCUCGCAGCACGAGAAUCUCGUGCGCUCGAUGCUAUGGUUUCUCGCACCGGGCGGCUGCAUCUGGGUCGUCGCGAACUUCCAUACAGGUCGAGCGAUUGUGGCGGGAUUCUUUGAGACGGCUGUGAGUCUGGGGUUGGAGGUGGAGCGCAUUUAUGAGCGGGAUUGUCUGGCGAGGGGGGAUGAUGGGGCAGAGGUGAGGAGGGAAUGGGCUCCAAUUAGGGAGGGGGAAGGGCCGGGGAUGAGGAGGAGGUGGUGUGUGGUUGCUGUGUUGAGGAAGAAAUCAUGA